AUGCGCCAUAAACGACACACAUAUAAUGCGAUAACACCAGGUAUACGAUACUCGUUCAUACUGUUAGAGUUAUUCUAUAUGGCAACGGGGGCAAUAUUAAUUACGUUCGCGGUUCUCUGGAAACUGAGUUACGGCCCAAACAUACGGAGUCUCGUUCUCACUCCACGUUUAUUGCUCAGUGGAUUUGAUACUCAAAUCUAUUACGUCGCAAAAAAAUGGCUUUCGGCACAUGCUACAUUUAUUGUUGUCACCACAAUUCUAUUAUUAUGUCUGGGUGCAACAAUUUGGUUCGAGACCUUGGAAGAACAAAGUACUUAUGGCGCCGAAUGGAAAGAAUAUGACGACGCUACAAAGGCUAUGAUACAAGAUAAACUACAAUGUUGUGGCUGGCAAGACGUUCAAACUUACACCCCUUCAAAUUAUUGCAACGAGCAAAGUGUGUCAGACAAUAGUAUCGACAUUUUUAUCUUUUUUGCCACCAUUAUUUUAAUACAAGCGAUUAAUGUCGAAGAACGGUACCGAAAGAUCGAAGAAAAACAUGCGGGAGUUGACCGUGCCCUAAGAAUGCAGUAUGUUUGA